UCAGUUCCCACCUUUCGCUCGAGACAAUUACCUAGGAAGCUAAGAAGUUCGAAUGAACUUCAACGCUAAGUCAAGGAGCAUAUCUCACCUAUCAUGGCCAUAGCACCUACACAAUUCGCGCGAACGACGCGGACAUCGGCCAAUUGGAACGACGCAAAGCGACGAGUCCUGGCGGCUUAUCGAGAAUGGAUACGAGCGGCACCUGAAAUCCAGACGAUGUACUCGAUUCCCUUCCCAGUCUCCGUCAUCCGCACACGAAUGCGAGAGGAGUUCGAGCGCCAUAGGUUCGUCGACAAGCUACCGGUAGUCGAUGUGCUCCUUGUGCAAAACAACGCAGAAUACCAGGAAACCAUGAACUUCUGGAAGCAGACUACACAUGUCAUGUCUUAUUUCAAUAGCGAACACUUCCGAGGAGCCAACAGACUGCCGAACAAUUUCAUGCAAGGUUUCUUAGAGGGUCGCAACUAGAUAUGGGUAUCGUCCCGCUGUAUUGUACAUAGCAAGACCCGAAGUCAAAUCCUAGACCUGAGAAAGUUGUUUGUCUAUCAUACUCCGAACGCCGCAAAUGCCAUAUCCUCCAUAUUGUGCCAAGAUACUCUUAACUAGUCUGAACUGCCUGUCUUCUCCUCUCUGCUUCUUCUUGCCUCUUGCGAGCCUGCUCCGGGGUUGCUUCGAACUUCUCUCGCUCUGUCCAGAAUUCGUCGGCAACGACAUCACAGAGGUCCUCUAUGUCCUGGAGGCCUUUGGCCAACGCAGCAGCAGCAGUCGUCGUGUCUACAAGCAGUCAAUACCGAAUGAAUGGAGAUUGGUUCUCGGGAGAUUUCCUACCGUAUGUUUGGAUUCUCAAGUUCAUCUUGUCCUCGGAAGGAUGGGGAAUGGCGUACGCGCAGAAUUCGACGUCCGGGCUAUGAUCAUAUUUAGUUAGUCGCUUUACUCCCGACAGAACAGAAUAUUAACGUACUUCUUCAUGAUUA